AUGCAGGUGCUCAUGCUGCUGCUCGCCUCGACGGGCACCGGCCUGGGCCUGCUGGUGGCAACUGCGGCGGACACCAGCCCUGCCCGACCGGACUCCCCCGGCCUGCUGCCCACCCACCGGCGCCAGAAGAGAGACUGGAUUUGGAACCAGAUGCACAUUGAUGAAGAGAAAAACACCUCGCUGCCCCAUUAUGUGGGCAAGAUCAAAUCGAGCGUGAACCACAAGAACACCAAGUAUGUGCUCAGAGGAGACUCUGUGGGCAAGGUCUUCCGGGUCAGGGAGGACACAGGCGACGUGUAUGCCUUUGAGAGGCUGGACAGGGAGAAGAUCCCGGAGUACCACCUUACUGCCCUUGUGGUAGACAAGAAUACCAACAAGAACCUAGAGUCUCCGUCCAGCUUCACUAUCAAAGUUCACGACGUGAACGACAACUGGCCUGUGUUCACGCACCGGCUGUUCAACGCCUCUGUGCCAGAGAUGUCGGCCGUGGGGACCUCCGUCAUCCGUGUGACAGCAGUUGAUGCAGAUGACCCUACUGUGGCAGACCACGCCUCUGUCAUGUACCAAAUCCUGAAGGGAGAAGAAUAUUUUGCUAUUGAUGGUUCCGGACUCAUUUUCACGACAACCAAAUCCUUGGACCGAGAGGUGCAGGCCAAGUAUGAAAUCGUGGUGGAAGCGCGAGAUGCCCAGGGCCUCCGUGGGGAGUCAGGCACAGCUACGGUGCUGAUCACUCUGCAGGACAUCAAUGACAAUUUCCCCAUCUUUACCCAGCCCAAGUACACAUUCGCCGUGCCUGAAGACAUCCGUGUGGGCAGCUCCCUGGGCUCUCUGUUCGUUGAGGACCCAGACGAGCCCCAGAACCGGAUGACCAAGUACAGCAUCGUGCAGGGUGAAUACAGGGACACCUUCACCAUCGAGACGGACCCCAACCACAACGAGGGCAUCAUCAAGCCCAUGAAGCCCCUGGACUACGAAUACAUUCAGCAAUACACCUUCACCAUAGAGGCCACAGACCCCACCAUCAACCUCCACUACCUGAGCAGCGUCUCCAUCCGAAAAACCGCCCGUGUCAUCAUCAACGUCACAGAUGUGGACGAGCCCCCCAUCUUCAAGCAGUCCUUCUACCACUUCCAGCUGCGGGAGAACCAGAAGAAACCUCUGAUUGGCUCAGUGCUGGCCACAGACCCUGACGCAGCUCGGCGGAGCAUUGGAUAUUCCAUCCGUAAGACCAGUGACAAGGGCCAGUUCUUCCGAAUAACCAAGCAAGGGAACAUUUACAAUGAGAAAGAAUUGGACAGAGAAAUCUACCCCUGGUAUAACCUGACAGUGGAGGCCAAAGAACUGGAUUCUAGUGGGUACCCCACAGGCAAAGAAUCCAUUGUGCAAGUCCACAUCGAAAUUUUGGAUGAGAAUGACAACCCUCCAGAGUUCGCCCAGCCCUAUGAGCCCAGAGUGUGUGAGAACGCUGCCCAGGGCAAGCUGGUCGUGCAAAUCUCGGCAAUAGACAAGGACAUAACGCCACGAGAUGUGAAAUUCAAAUUCUCCCUGAGCACCGAGGACAGCAACUUCACCCUUACAGAUAAUCACGAUAACACAGCCAACAUCACAGUCAAGUAUGGACAGUUUGACCGGGAGCGUGCCAAAGUCCACCACCUGCCUGUGCUCAUCUCAGACAAUGGGAGGCCGAGCCUCACAAGCACCAGCACGCUGGUCGUGACCAUUUGCAAGUGCAACGAGCAUGGCGAGUUCACCUACUGUGAGGAGAUGGCAGGCCAGGCAGGCGUCAGCAUCCAGGUCCUGGUAGCCAUCUUCCUCUGCAUCCUCACCAUCACAGUGAUCACCCUCCUCAUCUUCCUGCGGCGGCGGCUCCGGAAGCAGGCCCGCGCCCACGGCAAGAGCGUGCCCGAGAUCCAUGAGCAGCUGGUCACCUACGACGAGGAGGGCGGCGGCGAGAUGGACACCACCAGCUACGAUGUGUCGGUGCUCAACUCCGUGCGGCACGGCGGCGCCAAGCCCCCGCGACCCGCGCUGGACGCGCGGCCGUCCGUCUACGCGCAGCUGCAGAAGCCGCCGCGGCACGCGCCCGCCGCAGCGCAUAGCGGGCCGGGGGAGAUGGCCGCCAUGAUCGAGGUGAAGAAGGACGAGGCGGACCACGACGGCGGCGGCCCGCCCUACGACACGCUGCACAUCUACGGCUACGAGGGCGCCGAGUCCAUCGCCGAGUCCCUCAGCUCCCUGGGCACCGAUUCAUCCGACUCGGACAUCGAUUAUGACUUCCUCAACGACUGGGGGCCCAGGUUCAAGAUGCUGGCGGAGCUGUACCGCUCAGACCCCCAGGAGGAGCUGGUAUACUAGGGGGCCCUGGGCCUCUCGUCUGGGGACCCAAACCACUGCAGCUCAGGCCAGUCGGACACCAGGCACUGAGCCCGCAAAUUGUAGCACUGACACCCCAGCCCAGCAGCCCUUCCUCGUGGGUCCCAGAGACUUCACCACCUUGGGUAGCAAACUCCAGGUCCCUGAAAGGUCCAGGAACAUAUUUCAGUGACAGCUACCCCCCAAAUGCUGGAAGAUCCAGGCUGGGGUUCUGUCUGGGCUCGGACACCCAUAACCCUGUCCCCUGGGACCACGGGUCCCACUCAAAGCCUUUCUGUGGCUCCUCAAAGCAGCUUAUGUUCAAUUUCCAGGGGGAGAUAGUCCCUUGAAAUCCCUGAACCCCCUGGUGAGAUUGGGGAGGUCGGGGAGGUCCUGGUGCCUGUCUGCCUAGAGGCAAAGCGCUGGAUGUCAUGGCCUGUGGGGCAAAACUCUCUGUCAGCCCAGUCCCACGGGAGACUGGAACUGUCCAUCAGCCUACCCUGCUUCAACUUCCUCCACUCUCCCAAGUCCCCUACCACUCCCAGCCUCUCCCCAGUCCUGUCAAGAAGGAGGAGGGGGCCCCUUGACAGCUAUAGAAGGUGGGUCCUGAAAUGACCUCGCUGGCC